UGAUGUGUUGUGUGUGCGUGUCCUUCUGCGGUGGCUGCCUGAGAAAAGGGUGCAUUUUGUAAAUUUGGUGCGGCUUUUUUGUUUUCCUGUUAAAAUAACUAUUCUACAGUAAUUAAAAUAAGAAUGAUCAGAAGUGCCGUAUUUCUGGCAGUGUUUGCUGUAUAUGUUUUGAGCGUACAGUCUGCAAUCGAUGUGGAAAUUGAGAACAAAAAUGUAGAUCGUACCAUCGAUCUUACAUCGCAGUUGGUUAAAAUUUCAUACAAGAUCACACUGGAACACAAAUCGAAAAAACCAAUCAAUAACUAUCUGUUCAUCGUGCAGAAUGAGGAACGAGAACGUUUGGCAUUUAUUUCUGCUAAAGAUUCAUCUAAAAAAGACUUGAAGCUGACGGAAACUGCUUCACCGAAGGGUGUGAUCUUUUCAAUGAAUCUUCCAUCCGGGUCGCCAAAUCCGGUUGUUUAUAUCGAUACCGUCUUCACCAAAUCACUUUUGCCGUAUCCGACCUCGAUUGCUCAAACUGAUCGUCAGCUGGUACAAUAUUUUGGUAACGUGUACGUUUAUUCACCAUUCAAAACUGUCACCCAGAAAACAACAGUUCAUCUAAGCUCGCGCAAUGUGGAAAGUUACACCCAGUUUAAGCCAGCUGUUCAAUCGGAUAGUACUAUUACCUACGGCCCGUAUGACAACGUUGCUGCUUUCUCGGUGGAGCCGCUGACUGUGCAUUUUGAAAACUUCACCCCCUUCAUGACAGUCACUAAUCUAGAACGUGUGAUUGAAGUCUCCCACUGGGGAAAUAUUGCAGUGGAGGAAACGAUCGACAUCGUCCAUUCUGGAGCUGCAUUGAAGGGAGCUUUUUCACGAUACGACUAUCAGAAAGAUUCCCGUUCUAACCAAGCAUGUGUUAAGUCAUACAAAACGCUGCUUCCGGCGUCUGCCACCGGAGUGUACUACAGAGACACGAAUGGGAACAUUUCCACUUCGGCCAUGCGCGUUCUGAAGGAUUCAGUCGAGUUGGAUCUCCGUCCCCGUUUCCCAUUGUUUGGAGGCUGGAAAACUCAUUACACUCUGGGUUACAACGUGCCCAGCUUUGAAUACCUAUUCCAAACUGGCGAAAAUUUUCUGUUGAAGAUGAGACUCGUUGAUCAUAUCUUUGACGACAUGAUUGUGGAUGAAGUUACGACAAAAAUCAUCCUCCCGGAAGGAUCCACCAACAUCAAACUGAUCGCUCCCUAUUCAGUAACCCGAAACUUAGAUACUUUGCAUUAUACGUAUCUUGACACUACCGGUCGUCCUGUGAUCUCCUUCAGCAAGAAAAAUGUGGUUGAGAAUCACAUUGCUGAUUUCAAUUUGAAAUACAACUUUAGUCGGGUGAUGAUGCUGCAGGAACCGUUAUUGGUGGUAGGAUUUCUUUACAUCAUGUUUGUGCUGGUGAUCAUCUGGAUGCGGUUGGACUUCUCCAUUCUUAAGGAAAAAGAGCAUCUCCAUAAGGAGUGAGCUAGAAACCGUGAUACAUACAUUCUUGUAAUCGUAAUAGUCAUUACCGACAAUUUUCCAUGCUGCAUUUUUCUUUUGCGAAUUACUAGUUUUACGGCCAAAAUCUCACAUUGAAUAAAACACUACAAAAUGUGCGAAUCAGCUGCUAAGGUCAUUUUGCCACGCAAACCAAUUUCAAUAGAAUAUUUUCAAGAAACAACACACCUGUCCUGUAUUGAGCACAGAAAUUAAUAGCAGUGAUUAUGUUGCAGUUUUGAAUACUUACGCUGCAGUGUUAAUAACUACAAGUUAGUAAAUAAUUAGUAACAAUAAAGAUUGAAUAAAAUUA